AUGCAGAGGUUGAGGUGGGAACUCUCCCUGGUGGUGGUGGGGAGGUGUCCAUAUAAGGCUGGUCAGCGGUCCUUGCUCCCCGGGAGCCGCGCGGGCAGGGGCUGCCGCAUCCCCACUACCGAGCACAGCCACAUGGAUCCGCCGGCUACGUUCUCGGGCUUCCCGGCCCUGCCCUCGGUCGCACCGUCGGGGCCGCCGCCGUCACCCUUCGCGGGAGCCGAGCCGGGGCCCGAGCCAGAAGAAGCGGCCCCAGGCCGAGCAGAGACUGAGUCAGCGCCCGGCCCGGGGCGGCGGCGGCGGCGCCCCCUGCAGCGAGGGAAGCCGCCCUACUCUUACAUAGCGCUCAUCGCCAUGGCCUUGGCGCACGCUCCGGGCCGCCGCCUCACGCUGGCGGCCAUCUACCGCUUCAUCACCGAGCGCUUCGCCUUUUACCGCGACAGUUCGCGCAAAUGGCAGAACAGCAUCCGCCACAACCUCACGCUCAACGACUGCUUCGUCAAGGUGCCGCGCGAGCCGGGCAACCCCGGCAAGGGCAACUACUGGACGCUCGACCCAGCGGCCGCCGCCUCCCCGCCGCCAGCCGCCGUCUACGCCGCAGCCAGCCCGCCGCUCUACACUCAGGCCCCCGGCCGCCUGGGAAUGCCGCCCCCUCGGCCUGGGCCCAGCCCGCUCCCCGCGGAGCCCCUGUUGGCGCUGGCAGGGCCGGCGGCGGCGCUCGGCCCGCUCAGCCCUGGAGGAGCCUACCUGCGGCAGCCGGGCUUCGCGCCGGGGCUGGAGCGCUACCUGUGA